AUGCUGGAAAGUGUGCUACGGUCUUUUCAGGAUCAGCGGGAGAACCCAACAAGUACAGCCAUCAUGAAUCUCUUGGGGUGUGGAGUCAUCGCCCUCGUUGGCUACAUCAUUUACCAAGUUUGGUUCCAUCCACUGUCCUCCUACCCUGGCCCAUUUGUCGCCAAGCUGACCAACCUCUACUCGGUGGUUCACGCCAUACGCGGCGAUCGCCAUGAGGACCUAUACCACCUGCAUCAACGCUAUGGGCCCGUUGUGCGAAUCGGCCCGCAGCGCGUUUCCAUUCUCGAUGCAAAGGCGUUGGAGCCCAUAUACGGCUUUCAUGCCAACGUUCAGAAGGCCAAGUCGUACACCAUGUUUUAUGGCGUGAGCAUCUUCACUGCCAUCGAUCGCACAGUGCAUGCCCGCAAACGUCGUGUCAUGUCUCAUGCCUUUUCCAGCCAAGCACUACGUGGGAUGGAACCUCAUAUCUUGUCAGCCAUCCGCGACUGGUGUGCCGCUUUGGUAGAUCGGCAUCCCGAUGAGCAGGUGCCAUCUGCGCCCUCCAGUCCUGGCAGCUGGUCAAAGCCCAAGGAUAUGGUGCACUGGAGUGCCUGUGUGAUCUUUGAUGCGCUUGGGGAGAUCUGCUUCGGCAAGACAUUCAACACCUCUGUCAGCGACGCCAACCACUUCUUCUUCCCGCUGAUGGCCUUGAACCUCCGUAUCAUGAACAUUUGUGGGCAGAUGCCUAUUCUACGCUCCCUGGGUUUUGAAAAGUAUCUCCGGCGUGGCACCAUCGCCAAUCGCCAGCGACAGAUUGGUUUCUCCCGGCAGCAAUUGCGGACUCGGCUGGCCGCAGAGUCCACCCAGCGCCGAGAUAUCAUCUACUAUCUGCAGCAAGCACGGGACCCGAAGACCAAUGAAGGUUACUCUGAGGCGGAACUGAUGUCAGAGGUUAUGACAUUGCUAGGAGCCGGUAACGACACAACCAAUACAACAUUAACCGCCAUCUUCUACUACCUUGCUCAUAAUCCAGCUAUACUUGCCCGGCUAAGCGCAGAGAUCCGUGCCGUCUUCCCUACACUGGAGGCAAUCGUUGCCGGUCCCGAUUUAUCGCAGAUGGCUUACCUCCACGCUUGUAUCGAUGAGACCAUGCGUAUCUGCCCGUCAGUACCUACUGAUCUGCCACGAGAAGUCCUCCCUGGAGGGCUUCGAGUAGGAGAGUGGCAUUUCCCAGCCGGCACGGUUGUCGCAGUCCCCACCUACGCGUUGCACCACAGUGAAGAACACUUCGACCGCCCCUUUGAGUACGAUCCAAGUCGGUGGCUAUUGUGUGACAGCAAAGGCACUGAGCAAGGCGAGGGGGUGAGUGCUGAGGUGCUCAGUCGGCAGCGGCAGGCCUUCGCACCUUUUAGUAUCGGACCGCGAGCGUGCAUCGGGCGGAAUGUAGCCAUUCUCGAGCUCGAGCUGACUAUUUCCCGGGCAUUGUGGUUGUACGAUAUACGACUGGCACCGGGGAGGGAGCAGUUGGGCGUCGGCUAUCAAGGCGAAUACAAGAUCAAGGACCAUUUCGCGGUUGGAAAGGAGGGUCCGGUGUUGCAGUUUCGGAUGCGACAGAAAUGA